AAAACCUUUUUUUGUUAGAGAUGUUCGAAGAUAGAACAGCCACCUAACUGUGGUGUACAGACUGCACUAUUUCUGAGCUCCUCAAAGAUCAGCAGAUAUCUGGAAUACAUCACUCAUUCUGCGCACAGCUUUCCAUCCACAGCCUACACGACAUAAAAAUAUUUUUGGCUUCCUUUUUUGGCUUUCUUCACAGCUGCGCACCUUAUCCGAUGGAGCGCUUUUGCGCAAACCUCUCCAAACUUUCCAGCCAAGCGGAGGCUAUUUUAAUGUAAAGGAUAUAACUGACACGCACGCGCACGGUCUGGAAAUGUUUUCCUGCGGACAUUCUCAUUAAGCAAAUGUCAACGAUUGUAUAUUUUUGCAGAGCUCUUGCGGUUUUCACUUAGACAUGUUGCUUAAUGGCGCAGCUGCGGGAUUGAAAUAGCGGUCCUGCUGCCGGAGUUUGCCCGACGUUGCCAACAUCUCGGGCACCGCAGCUUUGGGCAGGUGCUCCUUUCUGCCUGUGUUAAAAGACGGUGCCAUGCGGGAUCGGAAAUCACACAUCGGAGGUCUGUAAAACCCUGCUGGAAAUCUGAGUUACGCAGAGAUGGGAUCCCUGGUGAGAUCACGCUGGCUUAUGAUCCCCCUGCUUGUGCAGGCUUGGCUGUUGGCUUCCCAAGGCCGAGUCCGAGAGAAACCGUGUCCCAGAAGCUGCCGAUGCGAUGGCAAAAUAGUGUACUGCGAGUCGAACGCCUUCCGUGACGUCCCAAAGAAUGUAUCGGUGGGAUGCCAGGGCCUCUCUCUGCGUUACAACAGCUUGGUGAAUCUUCGGGCUGGUCAGUUUGCUAGCCUCAGCCAGUUGGUUUGGCUGUACCUGGACCAUAACUACAUUAACGCCGUUGACAGGCAAGCGUUUCAGGGGGUACGAAGGCUGAAAGAAUUAAUCCUCAGCUCCAACAAGAUCACGCAUUUGGAAAACAGCUCGUUUCAUUCCAUUCCCAACCUGCGCAAUCUGGACCUCUCAUACAACAAAUUGCAAGUCAUGCAGCCUAAUCAAUUUCAAGGCUUACGCAAACUGUUGAGUCUCCACGUUAGAUCCAAUUCCCUCAAGACGAUUCCCAUGCGAGUAUUUCAGGAUUGUCGAAACCUAGAGUUUCUUGAUUUGGGCUAUAAUCGACUGAGGAGUCUCACCCGUAACGCGUUUGCAGGACUCCUCAAACUAACUGAGUUACACUUGGAGCACAACCAAUUCUCAAAGAUCAAUUUUUCUCAUUUCCCACGGCUGAACAAUCUCCGGGCUUUGUAUCUGCAGUGGAAUCGAAUAAAGUCAAUAACCCAAGGAAUUACAUGGACCUGGACUUCAUUGCAAAAGCUGGAUCUCUCCGGGAACGACCUGCAGGUGUUGGAUCCCAGCAUUUUCCAGUGUCUCCCCAAUUUGCAGACUCUAAAUCUGGACUCCAACAAGCUUAGUAAUGUGACUCAAGAGGCCAUAGGAGCUUGGAUCUCUCUCACCACAAUCAGUCUGGCGGGUAACGUUUGGGAAUGCAGUCCCAGCUUGUGCCCCCUUGUGGCGUGGCUGAGAAACUUCAAAGGUAACAAAGAGACCACCAUGAUUUGUGCUGGACCAAAGGAGGUGCAGGGUGAGAAGGUUAUCGAGGCUGUUGAAACCUAUGGAUUCUGUAAGACAACCCCCACUCCUCUCCUUCCAAUGUCCUCCACUGUAAACUCUAAAUCCAAAACCGGACGUCAACCCCAGCCUACCAUGUUCAGGGUGAACGAGAAGGUAACACGCAACCGUCCCGUCGCUCCUUUCCCGACGGUCGGGUCCCCACCUGCUCCUGAACAAGACUUCGAGCAUGUUUCCUUUCACAAGAUAAUAGCCGGUAGCGUUGCCCUCUUCUUGUCUGUGGCCAUGAUCUUGCUAGUCAUCUACGUCUCCUGGAAGCGUUACCCCAGCAGCAUGAAGCAACUGCAGCAGCAUUCCAUGGUGCGAAAACGCCGGAAAAAGGCACGAGAGACGGAGCGCACCCUCAGCUCCCCACUACAGGAAUAUUAUGUGGACUACAAACCCAGAAACUCUGAGACCAUGGACGUAUUGGUCAAUGGGACAGGACCCUGUACCUACACCAUCUCCGGCUCCCGAGAAUGUGAGGCCCCUCCACAGAUGGGCACACUGACGUACUACAGAUACGAGCAGCCCAUUGUGGACUACUGCCAGGCUCACCAGUCCCUGCACAUGAACAGGGCGUUCGAGCCCUCGUCCCAGGCCCUCGAAGGGCUGGGGGCACGAGAAAGAUGCAGCGUCCCGUCAGCCGGCCUUCUUCCUUCCGUGCCUGCAGCCCCGCUCCCGGACAUGCGUCCCCUACCGCAGUGAGCCGCACGCAGACUCUUCUCUAUGAAUGUUUCCCCAGAGGGCGUACGGCCAACCCAACGUGAACCUAAACCAGCUGAGAACAGAGAUAAAUGGGGCAGUGUGACUCAUGUGAACUCCCGGUGGUAUUCUGAGGAGAGAAUGGACUGAGGCUUGCUGUCAUGAACUGGGACUAAAACGCACUUGAGUAUUGUGAAAAAUCUUUUUGGUAAAAUGUAACGGGGUGUUCUUUACAAAAUAUGUUUGCUGAUUUUCAUCCCUGUAUGUUUUGGGCUUUUGUGGCAUCGUCCUAUAAAUGUUUGUGAGCCGAAACAUCUGAAAUAAUAAAUUAACAUCAAGACCUUUAUUGACUUGACAAAUAGCGAGAUGUAUACACGAUGUUCUUAAACGUAAAAUGGUGUCCUUUCGAUUGAAUUGAGAAGCAGAGAAAUAAGGGAUUUUUGAGCAGAUUCAAGUGCAUCCGAGCAUAAAAUCUCUUUUUCAUCUCAUUCUCUGAUAAGGGCUUUCAAAAGCACCCUUCGGCCCAUGAGCGUAGAAUUGCUUGAUAUAAAAUUUGCCAAAUUGAAUUCCACAAGGUGAGGAGGUGAUUUGAAUUGUAAAUGAUCAUCUAAACCUCACGUCGACCUUCAUAUUGUGUAUCCUAAAAAUGAGUUUUGAUCAUAUUUGACCAGGACUGUAAGGAUAUAUUUUAAGAACUUGUUCUGCGAUUUAUUUUUAAAAAUCACUGACAACGGCUUCUUCAUUUAUCAGCGACACAGAACAUGAGCAACAUCUAUUCAUUUUUGUUUUUCAUUUUUGUGUUUUCUUUAUGAUCUAUAAAUGCCUGGGUCAUUUCUGUUAUACAGCCCUUAAUGAACUCAUUUAUAAGUCUAAAGGAGUAUAAACUUUCGCAAAUAUGUCCCUUUCAACCCAAAAUUAAUUCUUGACAAAAUGGCAGAGGAAAAAAAACAUUCAAACCAUUGUGAUGAUUUCUGUCAUUUCAUCAAUCGGGAUUGAAUAUUUUGUGGUGUAAAGCAACUUAAAGUAUACCACAAAAAAAAAACACUUCACAGUUCAACAAAUCUCUUAUAAAUAUUUAGUAAGGUGGUGUACCUGUCAGUACAAUUGCUUUGGAACCUGAUGAUCCAUAUAUGGUAAGAGGCGUUACAUUUCCGUCACACGCUUGCAGUAUUUGACCAAUCACUACGUACUGGUUAACUAGCCAAUCACAGCACACCUCGCUUUUCAUAGCCAUGAGCUUUUAAAAAAUCUGCGGGUUUGAGAGAGGCGGAGCAAAGAGGAGAUACAAACAUGCACGAUAUGUGGAUAUGUGACCCCUUUGAUGACGUUUUAUUAAACAAACAUAAGACAUUAGAUUAAACAUUUAUGGCAAACCUAUAAAUUGACCAAUAAUACUGUUUAUACUGUAUUUAGAAGUACUUGAUGUACUGCAUAAGAGAAAUGACCCAUCUGUGUUUUUCAAGAAUGGAUAUGUGUUGUGAUGUACUACAUUAGUACCAUAACUGUUACCCGUGCUGAACAGCCACAUCGCUCUUCCUCUUCGACACCCUCAUCAUCACAGUUCCGUAGAACAUCUACUGGACGUCCCGCUAUAUUUCAGAGAGACCCCGGUGACCCAUGGACAACUGACAUUCCAGCUGGAACUGUACAAAUAAAAACAGAAGACUCAGAGACACUGUACAGCGAACCGUUUCCUCCACAGGACUCGUCUUGUACAUAUCGUGUAAAUUAAACGAAAGAUGUCUUUGCUUCUACAGAAACACAGCCUACAGUAGAAGAGGAGCCUUAUCUUUAAUCCAGGAGGAAGCGUACGCUCGGAUGCGCCUGCGCCCGCGCGCGCAUAUGUGUGUGCGUUAAACCGAGAGAGAGAAUUUAAGAUAAAUGAAAGACGGCUGCGUUAGAAUAUUAGCCUGCUGUUUGAAAAGAGAACAUUUGUUUGGGAAAAUUCCGUCUUUUUACUUUCCUUUGCGAUUUUAAAUAAUUGCAACAUAUGUUUGAUGCAUCUGUCUGCUGGGACGCCAGCGCGCCGAUUAUGAGUACAGUGAUUUUCCAACCAAAUGUUUUUAUACCAGUAUUUAUGUGAAAAAAAGAUAACUAGUAUAUACUUUUUUGUUUUACGUUCUCCUGACCCCCUCAAUGCAAUACUUGCGUCAAAACGGCAGAACGUCCGAUUUCUGUUCCGAUGCGAAGAUUGUGAUUAUUUUAAGCGUUUGACUGUGUUUUCCUG